AUGAGCCGCAGAUCUGCUAGUGAGCUCAGCAGAUAUCUGCUUGAGGGUCAUCUAUCACACCGGGGAUGUAUCAAUGGCCAGCGACUAUCUUCACGGACAGUGCCUAUCUGGUCGUCACUACGCCAUCCCUAUGCUCUUCGGCACUUACACACCAAAACUGAGCCGGCCGUAGCAGGAGUACCACAACCAGCUCAUGUACCCUUGCGGAAGCAACUGAAGGAGCAGGCGAAGCAAGCAAAAAAGCAAGGCAAAAAGAAAUCCAAGGGCGAUUCACAGACCGUGGAUGGUUGGGAACUGACUGUCGGUAUUGAAAUCCAUGCCCAGCUCAACACCUCCCGCAAGCUGUUUUCACCAGCUACGACCUCGUUCAAUGAUGAGCCAAACAGCCACGUGGCGUUGUUUGAUGUUGCAAUGCCAGGCAGUCAGCCCUUGUUUCAAAAGGAGACACUGAUUCCGGCUCUUCGGGCAGCACUGGCCCUUAAUUGCGAGAUACAACCUGUCAGCCGGUUUGACAGGAAGCAUUACUUUUGGUGGGACCAGCCCUCGGGCUACCAGAUUACGCAAUUCUACGAACCGUUUGCCAAGCAAGGACACAUUACGCUACUUGCUCGCGACGGCAUCUCUGCCGAGGAUGGAGAGAGUGUCACUGUCGGAAUCAAGCAGGUCCAGCUCGAGCAAGACACGGCCAAGACCCUUGCACAGACGGGGAGCGUCCACUGGCUAGAUUUCAACCGUGUUGGUGUACCCUUGAUCGAGAUAAUCACCGAGCCGGAGAUGCAUCACCCGCGCACGGCUGCUGUGCUUGUGCGCAAGAUUCAGCUUCUCCUCAACACAGUUGACUCUUGUGUGUCUGGUAUGGAGACGGGCGGACUUCGAGCUGAUGUGAACGUGUCUGUUCGAAGGACUGACGAUCCGAGCAAAACGCUUGGCACCCGCACCGAGAUUAAAAACUUGAGCACCAUCAAGGCAGUGGAAGAUGCCAUCAUCGCCGAGCGUGAUCGUCAGAUUCGAGAACUGGAAGCAGGCAACGUGAUUGCUGGGGAAACGCGUGGCUGGACCAUUGGAUCCAAAGAAACACGUCGUCUGCGUGGUAAAGAGGGCGAGGUUGAUUAUCGUUAUAUGCCCGACCCUGACUUGCCGCCUCUUGUAAUUGGAAAUGACCUUGUGCAAAGCCUUCGGCAGACGCUCGCUGUCCUGCCAGAUACUGAGCUCGACAAGCUGGUUAUGCAUUACGGCCUCACACCCAAGGAUGCUCUUUCACUCAUCACACUCGACAAUGGGUCGCGCGUGCAGUAUUUCUACCGAGUCCUCGCUUUGUUGGAGGCUAAGCUGCGAGCUGAUGCAGAUCUUCCGGAGCUUCCCGACGUCGCUUCCUAUUCGACUCUGGCGGCUAACUGGAUUCUUCACGAGCUCGGCCGUCUGACAACAUACAAAGCCGGGCCACUAGCGUCAGGGGAUCUUUCAUUUACACAGCUAGGAGAGUGUGCCCAAGUGCCAGACGAGGACUUGUCGCAUCUCCUCUAUCACCUCUACCGCAAGCACGUCACCGGCAAAGUCGCAAAGGAGCUCCUCAUUGCGGUAUACUUGAAGGAACUUGAGGGAGGCAUUCUGGAGGCCAUCAAUGCCAACGAUCUCUGGUUCAAGGAGAUAUCCAAGGAAGAGUACAAUACUCUUGCUGCAUCGGCUGCCGAGGGCGAAGACAAGGUGCUAGAGGAAUUUGCUGACGAGCAAAAGUAUCCUCAAGGCAAGCUAAUGUAUCUAGUCGGCAAGAUGAUGCGCCUCGGCCCCACGGAGAGAAUCGAUCCCGCUACGGCUGAGAGCUCGAUGAGGUUGUGGAUCGAAAGAUUUCAUGGUAGGCAAUGA